AUGGUGCACACCGUGACUGUCAAAGAUAAUUGUUUGGUGAUGCUGUGUUCAUCAUGUUAAGAAGUUAAUAUGUGUAGAAUUAAAAGGUAGCACCGCUGUAUGCUGACCAAAACCCUUUUUUUUUUUUACCUUUGCUUGUCUUUGUUUUCAGCCUUUGCUGCCUGACCAAACCUCAAAGCGGAGUGGACUGCCUACCAAACAGGAACAAUUUCAACAUUUCUUGUUUUAAAACCCACUGUUUUCGCUAAAGAAAUACAAAUGGCCGGCUAUAAAAGACUUUUUAACAGAGCCACAUUAUGGACUUGGAGAAGAAGUCGCUGGAUUAGUCGAUAUGAGUCUUCAGCUGCGUUUGGAGACGCAGCUUAUUCUUCUUGCAGACCAAAGGUGUGUAUUGUUGGGAGCGGGCCAGCAGGUUUCUACACAGCACAGCACCUGAUUAAGGCCCGUCAAGACCUGGAGGUGGACAUUUAUGAGCGACUUCCUGUCCCCUUUGGCCUAGUCAGGUUUGGGGUUGCUCCUGAUCAUCCUGAAGUGAAGAACGUCAUCAACACUUUCACGCAGACAGCCAAACAUGCUCGCUGUAGUUUCUACGGUAACGUGAACAUUGGCAAGGAUGUGAGCGUUCAAGAGCUGCAGCAAGCCUAUCAUGCCGUUAUAUUGAGUUAUGGUGCGGAGGCAAAUAGGAGUAUGGGGAUACCCGGAGAAGACUUGGCCGGUGUGUAUUCUGCAAAAGACUUUGUGGGCUGGUACAAUGGACUGCCGAGCUGUCGAGAGCUGAGUCCAGACCUGAGUUGCGAAACAGCAGUUGUCCUGGGUCAAGGCAAUGUGGCUCUGGACGUCGCAAGAAUAUUACUGUCACCCACAGACAUUUUAAAGAAGACUGACAUCACCCAGCCAGCCCUUGAAGCUCUGAUGGAAAGCAAGGUUCGCAGGGUGCUAAUUGUCGGCCGAAGAGGACCCAUGCAGGUCGCAUGCACAAUCAAGGAGCUUCGAGAAAUGGUCAACCUACCUGGGACCAGACCUGAGAUGCUGCCAGCAGAUUUUGAUGGUGUACUUGAGGCUGUUCAAGAUUUACCAAGACCAAGAAAGCGUCUGACAGAGUUGAUGUUAAAGGUAGCCCUCCAGCUUCCAGCAGAAAAGGAGCAGGAAAGAAGAAACAUGUCUACACGCAGUUGGGGACUUAGAUUCUUCCGGAGCCCAGUUCAGGUCCUUCCAAGUCCUGAUGGCACCACGGCGGCUGCCAUCCGCCUGGCAGUCAACAAACUGGAGGGUUCCGGUGAGGCAGCGCGAGCAGUGCUCACUAACGAGGUGGAGGACGUGACCUGUGGACUAGUCAUCAGCAGCAUUGGCUACAAGAGCCUCCUCAUAGACCCAUCAGUGCCGUUUGACUCUCACAGAGCUAUAGUCCCAAACCAAAUGGGCCGUGUUCAACAAGCUGCAGGUCUUUACUGCAGUGGCUGGCUUAAAACAGGCCCAACUGGCGUGAUAGCCACCACUAUGAAUAAUAGUUUUGACACUGCACGAUCCUUGAUGGAAGACAUGGACUCUGGAAAACUGGAUGUCUCUACUGCCAAGUCUGGUGCACAAAGUAUCAGAUCUCUGCUUGAAAAGAGAGAAGUCAAGCCUGUGACCUUCUCAGACUGGGAGAAAAUUGACCGUGUGGAAACGAGGAGGGGUGAGUCCACAGGAAAACCCAGAGAAAAACUGCUGACCGUGGAAGAAAUGUUGCAGGUGGCGUGGACGUGAUCAUCGUGGAGCGAUUGCUUGGUAAAACUGAUUUGACAGGGCAGGGAGUGGUUACUUGACCCAUGAGGCAUGGAAAAGUAUGUCAAUACGUCGUAAAUGUAUAAAUUUGUUCUGAUGUAUUUCAAAUAAAAAUGACUGGUCUUUCUAUACUAGUUUGAUGUUGAGGUGCAAUAUAAUGAAUAAAACCUUUUCAUUGGAUUAGUCUGUGCCGUUAAAAAUACUGAAAGAUGCAACAGUGGGGAAAAUGCAUGAUCCCCUUACAAUAAGAACAGUCCGGAAGUUUUAUGACCAAGUCAUAAUUUGAUUUGUCUUCUGCAUGUGCAUUCUUGUCCCCAAGGUCCUUUGGCAGCCAUUUGGUUUUGCCGAUGGUGAAGUUUGAAGGUCUACAUGGAGAUUAUGAGUACCUAAAAAGGACAGGAUUACUGGUGUGCUUGAUGGGCAGGUAGCGCAGGGGUUGUCCAUGUGGGUAUUUAACUUGUGGCGGAUGGUAAACUGGAGGACGGAUGAACUCAAACAACGGCUCCCUCAUGUCUGCAGGAGAACAUAUGACAGCAAUUUAAACAUUAACCAUAAACUCCAGACGCUUUUCAAAAGCAUAAUCUUGUAAGAUUUGUUGUUGUGGCCAUUAGUGCGACUCACUGAGUGUGUUGUGAAAGGUGCUGGUGACAGAUUGGUCCCAUUGGCAUUGGAAGAACGCCAGCCCUGCAGGUGUCAUGCUGUCCUGGUGCUUUCUGUAGAAAUCCACUGUUUUAAAGGUACGAUCGGCCAACGAAUGGCUAGAAAGAAGAGAAGAGGAACAUGCGCCAAAAAUGAGGUAUGUCUGCACAAUCUAAUGAGAUUCAACACAAAAGUUGCGCCUUCCAGUAGCAGGAUCAUGCUUAAGGUAGCCGCAUUGAAUGACCGCUCCUUGUACUUCUGUUAACUGUCACCUUUUAGAAACUAAACUCGCUCUAAGAUGUGUUAUAUAACUAACAAUUUUAAUACACUAUUAUUUCUGGAUUAAUUGGAUUUUUAAAAAGUUCAAUAUGCAGCAUUUCGCCUACAAUCUCAAAGAGGAGGAACAUGCCAGGCCUGUCAUUGUGAUGGAAACAAUCCCAUGUGUGAUUUUUGUUUUACCAUGGUGACGGCCUCAUAUCUUCCUGGAAGUGGAUGGCUUCUUCCUGCUUGAAAAGGACGUAAAUGUAGCGGUGGAAGCCUGUUCCUUUUGCAGGAAAAGGUGGCAGGUAGUGACACAGUUCUUCUCCGGCUUCAAGUGCUCCGCCUGGUGUCAGCUGAUUCCCAUAAUGCACUUGGCUGCUGCUUUCCUGGCGAUAGCAGAUCCGCAGUGAGACUUGAGGCAGGAAAUACGCCAUGGGAAAAAGAUCUCUGAAGAUCCCGUAGUGGUCUGCCAGUCUUUUGACGUGGAAGCAGCCUCUGCUAUUCUCCCACAUUUCCUGCACUUGAUCCACAGGUACCUUAACUGGGGGCAAACAGAGAAAUUUAGGCAGGGUAAAAAAACAUGUGGACGACAGGACAAAACGACUGACAAAUAUUCGCUCUUUGAAAUGGUGACAGCAUCGCUUUAGAGUAUUUUCCUUUCCACCAAUUGUGUGGAACAUCAGAGUUUUCGUUACAUUUAUUAGCCAACGUACAUGUGCGCAAACGACACGCCCUCUCCAGCGCCACAUUUUUCUUGUUCUCCUUCACCACCUGUCUCCUCUCCCUCAGCACCUUAGUUCUGGGGGCUCGAUAAUGAGGUAGUCCAAUGUCCACUCGCUCAGCACCUACAGAAGACAGAAAGACGUAUUAAAUCACAGACAGUCUUAGACGCCUACAGCAGCUUCAUCCAUUCUUUUUUUUUUUUUUUUACCAUGUUCAGGAUCGGCCUUCUCCACAUAGCCUUGGAAGGUCUUCCACCACACCGGUGCUCUCUUCGCCUCUUCGGCAUGUCUGAAGUAACGGUUGUAGCUGCGAUAUUUCUCCACUGUGUCAAUGUUAUUAACAUCAAUGUCUUCAUUGGGAAUGGGUCCCAAAGGAGGAGUCCUUCGACACAGGAAUGCUAUGUUAUGUGGAAAAAAAAGCAUAUAGAACUAUAUCAAUAUAGAUAUACUAUAUACAUCUACCAGGCAAUUCCAAGUGAUAAUCUAUA